CAGAUUGACUUGAGUAGCAGAUUUGGAACUACAGGAAAACAACUAGAAGGACGCUUCCAGGAGUUUCUUUUUACAAGAAACCUACAAAAGGGGAUUUCUUUUACUUACAGUUUACAUUCCUACUUAAGUGGAGUUUGUUUGGAUAUUCCUUUUCUGAACCAUGAUGUUCACCGCUUUCAACGCUGAGUGCGACUCUUCCUCCCGCUGCAGCACGGCUUCCCCGUCCGGGGAUAACCUGGGAUACUACCCGUCCCCGGCCGGAUCUUACUCCAGCAUCGGUUCUCCUCAGUCGCAGGACUUCACUGACCUGACAGCAUCAAGUGCCUCCUUCAUCCCCACCGUCACAGCCAUAUCCACCAGCCCGGACCUGCAGUGGAUGGUGCAGCCUCUGAUCUCCUCAGUGGCCCCCUCUCACAGAGCUCACCCCUACAGCUCCAGCCCAAGCCCGGCUUACCCCAGAGCAGCCGUGAAGGCUGCACCGUCCAGGACUCACGUCUCUUCCAAAAGGGGCAGGAUGGAACAGAUAACCCCUGAGGAGGAGGAGAAGAGAAGAAUUCGCAGAGAGAGAAACAAGCAGGCAGCAGCUAAAUGCCGCAACAGGAGGCGAGAGCUUACAGACACCCUGCAAGCUGAAACUGAUAUGCUUGAGGAUGAGAAGUCCAGCUUGCAGAAUGACAUCGCCAACCUGAUGAAGGAGAAGGAAAGGCUUGAGUUCAUCCUGGCAGCCCACCAGCCCAUUUGCAAAAUCCCCUCAGAGCUGGACACGGACUUCCUGGUGUCCUCCAUCUCCGCCCCCGUCUCCUGCCACUCCUCCGUCGUGCCUUCCUCCCAGCCCGCCACCUUUACCUCAGCCUCCAACUCCAUCUUCUCCAGCCCCGCCUCCGUCGCCGUCGUGUCCGGCAGCGCCGCCGUCAAGAUGACCGACCUGGACUCCUCCGUCCUGGAGGAGUCCCUGGACCUGCUGGCCAAGACGGAGCUGGAGACGGCGCGGUCGGUGCCCGAGGUGGACCUGUCCAGCUCCGUCUACGCCAGCCAGGACUGGGAGCCCCUCCACGCCUCCGCCAGCGGCGCCAGCAGUGACUUUGAGCCCCUGUGCACGCCCGUGGUGACCUGCACGCCGGCCUGCACCACCUACACGUCUUCGUUCAUGUUCACCUUCCCCGAGGCGGAGACCUUCCCCACCUGCGGCAUGGCCCACCGGAGAGGCAGCAGCAGCAACGAACAGUCCUCGGACUCACUCAGCUCUCCAACCCUGCUGGCCCUUUAAAGACUCUUCCACAGACGAUAAUAAUUCUUCCUCAACGAAGCCCGUUUUGAGCUAGAUGUGCAGCUUACAGGGCUAUGGAGCAGACUUGUAUCAGGAAGCUAAUUAUUUAUGAUUUUUAUCUGUCUUUAUUAAUAUAUACUUGCCUAUUACACCAAUGUAGCAAGUUAAUAAGCAUGUUUCAAACAAUAGUUGUUCUGAGUUCCUAUACGAUUAAAUGGUGCUAGUUAACGAAACUUAUUGUUUAUUGAUCUGUCGUCAGAGCAAUAGAUAUUAUUAGUAUUUUUUGAGAAUUGUGUGAUUGUCUGUGAACCUUUU